CCACCAAAUAUAAAAUUGAAUCUGAUAAUUUAAGGACUAUUACAAUUCUUAAUUGUUAAUUCAACUAGGUAACAGACACGGUAGCACGAUUCCUGCUAUAAGUAGGGGUAUAAGGUUUGCAGUGGAUCUGAAUAUUUUUCUUCAUCCUCUUUGCAAGUGUUACAUAACGAUAUCGAUUCUCCAAAGACACCCAUAGAGUGAAAGUAGAGCCCCAGAGAGCAGAUAUGGAGGGUAUAUUGCUGGGGAUGGGCAACCCUCUGCUCGAUAUUUCUGCUGUUGUAGAUGAGGAAUUUCUCAAGAAGUAUGACGUGACGCUCAACAAUGCCAUCUUAGCAGAGGAGAAGCACUUGCCAAUGUAUGGAGAGCUUGCCCAGAGAAAAAAUGUUGAAUAUAUUGCAGGAGGGGCCACACAGAACUCUAUCAGGGUUGCACAGUGGAUGCUGCAAAUUCCUGGGGCAACGAGCUAUAUUGGCUGCAUUGGAAAGGACAAGUUUGGAGAGGAGAUGAAGAAAAAUUCACAUGAUGCUGGGGUUAAUGUGCAUUAUUAUGAGGAUGAAACAACACCAACUGGGACCUGUGCUGUUCUUGUAGUUGGGGGUGAAAGGUCACUUAUUGCUAAUUUGUCAGCAGCAAAUUGCUACAAGUCAGACCAUUUAAAAUCACCGGAGAAUUGGGCUUUAGUGGAAAAGGCCAAGUUCUUUUAUAUUGCUGGAUUUUUCCUUACAGUCUCACCAGAAUCCAUAUUGCUUGUGGCAGAGCAUGCUGCCAAGGCAGGCAAGAUAUUUAUGAUGAAUCUUGCAGCCCCUUUCAUCUGUCAGUUUUUUAAAGAUGCUUUGAUGAAAGUUUUUCCGUAUAUGGAUUAUAUAUUUGGAAAUGAGACAGAAGCAAGAACUUUUGCACAGGCACAGGGAUGGGAGACCGAAAAUGUUGAAGAAAUAGCCUUAAAGAUGGCUGCACUACCAAAGGCCUCUGGAACACACAAGAGGAUAGCUGUUAUCACACAAGGUGCUGAUCCUGUUGUUGUUGCAGAAGAUGGAAAGGUGAAAUUGUUUCCAGUGAUUCGGCUGCCCAAGGAAAAGCUUGUUGACACCAAUGGAGCAGGAGAUGCAUUUGUAGGAGGCUUCCUAUCUCAGUUGGUGCUAGGCAAACCGAUUGAAGAUUGUGUUGAAGCUGCAAAAUAUUCAGCGAAUGUUAUAAUUCAACGAUCUGGCUGCACAUAUCCUGCAACACCGGAAUAUCCAAUUUCUCAAUAGGCUAUUUUAUCUCAAGAUAUUUGAAUUUUAUUGUACUUGCUGCAUUUUGGGCAAGAAAUCUAGAAUAGUUGUUAUUUCUCUGCCAUUUUUACGCGAAUGCUAAUAAGAAAUUUAAUAACUUGCUAUGGUCAUUUUUAAGGGGCCAUUUCUACCAUUUUAUUUCAAUAUUUUCAAAUGUGAAAGUGUCCUUUAUUGAAAUGCAUUCUCACCUUUAAGGUUGAUGUAAUGCUUUCACAAAAUUAUCGAAAAUUGUCAAACAAUUUGAAGAAAAAUCCAUAAUAUAUAUGAGCUGGGGCAUGCUUGCAUCUUUUAGGAAA